ACUGUUUUUCUUUAUUUUGCAGUUUUGCCAAUUUGAGAAUUCACCCUCAUGGAUUAGUGUUGGUGGACCUGCAGAGCUACAAUGAUCAUACAAAAGGAAGAGAGGAAACUGAUCAGCUUCUAAACAAAGUAGAAGAAAGAAUGAAAGAAUUUUUUCAUAGCAAUCUGAAAAGGGUAAAGCGAUUGCCAGCCAUUUUGAGAGGAGGUGUCAUCGAUAGAUACUGGCCCACAGCCGAUGGGCGCUUGGUUGAGUAUGACAUAGAUGAAGUUGUUUAUGAUGAAGAUUCACCUUUUCAGAACAUUAAAAUUCUGCAUUCAAAACAGUUUGGGAAUAUUCUUAUCCUCAGUGGGGAUGUUAAUCUGGCAGAAAGUGACCUGGCAUAUACUCGAGCCAUAAUGGGCAGCGGAAAGGAAGAUUACACUGGCAAAGAAGUGCUGAUCCUUGGAGGUGGUGAUGGGGGUAUUCUGUAUGAGAUAGUCAAACUGAAGCCAAAGAUGGUUACUAUGGUAGAGAUUGACCAAAUGGUGAUCGACGGGUGUAAAAAGUACAUGCGUAAAACCUGCGGAGAUGUCUUAGACAAUCUGAAAGGAGAGUGCUAUCAGGUUCUAAUUGAAGACUGUAUUCCUGUAUUGAAGAGGUAUGCCAAAGAAGGAAGGAUGUUUGAUUAUGUAAUUAAUGAUCUGACAGCUGUUCCAAUCUCCACAUCUCCAGAAGAAGAUUCUACAUGGGAAUUUCUGCGGUUGAUUCUUGACCUCUCAAUGAAAGUCCUGAAGCAAGAUGGAAAGUAUUUCACACAGGUAUGGUAUCUGGAUGUAAAGAAGUACUACAGUAUAAGUAUUGUAAUCUAUAUUUUUCAGAUACAUCUUUUUCUUAAAAAACAAAACAACAAAAAACAGCAAAACGAACAAAAUAUAGUAGCAAGCUGUUUUCUCUCCUUAUAGUUCUUUGUUUAGAUU